AUGUCGUCGGUGCUCGCGAGAGGAAUGAUCCACAAAAUGGGCGGCGCGUGUUGUCCGCAUCAUGCUCAUCCGUCGGCACAUCCAUUCAAGCUCGCCAAAUUGCACGGAAAUAAUAAAUCAACCGAUUAUGCGUUCGAAAUGGUGUGCUCGACACUUCGAUUCGGACGCGGUGUCACUUUGGAGGUCGGGCAUGAUUUGAAGACAUUGGGCGCCAAGAAGACGCUGGUGGUGACCGACAAGAAUGUUCAGAACACAAUUGCAUUCAAAAACACCGAGCAAGCUUUGAAAAGCGUCGACGCCAGCUACGAAGUCUAUGAUGAUGUGCUCAUUGAGCCGACCGACAAGAGCAUGCUGCACGCGAUCGAUUUCGCGCGAUCGCGCCAAUUCGACAGCUUCAUCGCCGUCGGCGGCGGUUCGGUCAUCGACACGACGAAAGCGGCCGCGUUGUACGCGUCGAAUCCCGACGCCGACUUUUUGGAUUUCGUCGGCCCGCCAUUCGGCCGCUCGAUCGUGCCGAACCGACCGAUGCUGCCGCUGAUCGCCGUGCCGACGACGGCGGGCACCGGCAGCGAGACGACGAGCACCGCCAUCAUGGAUUUGCCCGAACACAAGUGCAAAUCCGGCAUCCGAUUGCGUUGCAUCAAACCGUAUUUGGCGAUCGUCGACCCAUUGAACGUGAUGAGUAUGCCGCGAAAUGUCGCCAUCUAUUCGGGCUUCGACGUGCUUUGUCACGCGCUCGAGAGCUACACGGCGCUGCCGUUCGAUCAGCGUUCGCCGAGGCCGGCGAAUCCCGAAGUGCGGCCCGUCUAUCAGGGAUCGAAUCCGAUCAGCGACGUCUGGAGUCGAGAAGCGCUCAGGAUUAUCGGCAAAUACUUCCGCCGAUCGAUUUUCGAUCCGAGCGAUGAGGAAGCGCGCACGGAGAUGCUCAAGGCGAGCUCGUUCGCCGGCAUCGGAUUCGGCAACGCCGGCGUUCAUUUGUGCCAUGGGCUCUCGUAUCCGAUCAGUUCUCAAGCGAAAAAAUGUGUGGCUGAUGAUUAUCCGAAGAAGAAGAAUCUGAUUCCGCACGGACUGUCGGUUAUGACGACGGCGGUUGCCGACUUCGAGUUCACGACGUCGGCGUGCCCCGAUAGGCAUUUGGUCGCCGCGAAGACACUUGGAGCUGAGAUUCCGCCGAAUGCUGACAAUGAGUACAUUUCGAGAACGCUUUGCGAUCAACUUCGCGCUUAUAUGAAAGAUUUCGGGGUGCCGAACGGACUCAAAGGAAUGGGAUUCGAGUUUUCCGACAUUGACACUUUGACGGAGGCGGCGAGCCAUUCGGUGCCGAACAUCGCGAUUGCGCCGAAAUCCACUGACCGUGAGAUUAUUAGCAAGCUCUACGAGAAGUCGUUGACCGUCUAUUAA